AUGAACUUGAAGACGAAUGGGAAAUGGUCCAGCAAGGCCUUCAUUCCUUCAAAAGAGCAGAUCUAUGCAUUUUUGCUCGUCCUCGCACUCGGCAUCACGCCCAUGGUGUUGCUUGGGAAUUUCACGCACGUCAAUACCGGAGGCAAUGGCGACCGUCCAUUCUACGGCAUCUUUCAAGACAAAAUCCAGAGUUGUGGGCAGAGCUUUGGCACCCCGGAAAACGCGACAGUCAGGGGAGUUGAAAAAAUGUUUGUGCUGGAUCAGACAUUUGGCCGCUUCACUUUCUCCCAAGCCAAGACCAUUGAUGUGGCAUGGGACGUCCUCAUUGGUCGCGGAGUGCAACUGCUGGCUUGGUGGGUUGGAUACAUAGUUUUUUCUGAUGCGCUGCUCCGUGCUAUCGAACGGCAUCCAGCAUCAUUCCAGAUCUUUCAGAGGAUUGCACUCGAAGGGCCCAGCCUCUUGUCGUUAUGGACUCUGCUCAAAGAGUUGUGGUAUGCGAAGAGCAAACGCACCAAGGCCCUGUUCUUCUACGUGUGGCUGGCCACGUUGUAUAUCAUCAGCAUACCCAUGUUCCUAAGCGCAAUGACGGGAUACGACAGCACGAGUAUCGCCUGGGUAUCGCUCGACAAUACCAGCAACAUCAUACCUGCUGCUUCAAUCGAGUACUCGCUCGUGGCUACGGGCACCUGGAACGAGACGUGGGACGAUGCGACCUGCCUCGACACUGAGCUGUACAACAAGAAAUCUGAAGCCCUCUAUUCGCGCCGUCGAUCCUGCGAUUGUCAAUUGAACAACGGUACCAUAGUCAACAUCACAGAGUACCAGCAAACUCAUAUCAACUCUAACUAUGGCUACUCCAACAGCUUCACAAGCCCCGAAGAUAUAUGUCGUUUCAACUACCCCGGCAACAACAAAACCUUCACCCUCGGCAGAUGGGACCUCGAAGGCAAAACCGGCGAAACCAAGAAAUAAACAUACAACAUAACAACUCACGGCGGUACCUUUGACCUCCUCGACCUAAACACCACAUCAUCCUACUGCUACAACUCCAAGCCCUACGACUACACCUUUCUCUCCGAACGCAGCCGCUGCCUACCCGACACCGCCAACCCCACGUACCAAUGGGGCUUCAGCUCCAUGCUCUCCGGGCUCUUCGUCUUCUGCCACUUCGCCUGGGCGCUGAGCAUGUACGCCGUGUGGCUGGACGCGCAGUUCUGCAGCUCCUUGGUGCGCGGCGGGUACACGAUGACGCCGUUGCGCGCGGCGUUUGCAAUGGCCAGGGCGGCGAGGGGACGCACGGGGCUCGGCGAGGAAAAGCUAGUGAGGGCGGACACGAGGGAGUUGAAACAGGAGUUGUAUGGGAGUAAGAGGAAGAGGGGGACAGAAGUUGGGUAUGGGAUUUUUGGGGAGGGAGAGCGAGAGAUGGGGAUGAGGAGGAGGCACGGGGGGAAAGAGGGGGAGGUCGAGGAGGUCGAGAUGGGCAUGCGGAGUGCGAGUGGCAGUCUGGCGGCGCGGUGAGAGUGUGGGAAAAUAAGAGGAAAAGACAUGAUCGUACAGUGACGAUGGAGCGCAGAGCCGUCCUGACGACGAGACACAUGCCAUACGACCGCUCGAAACCAGCGCGUCUGAGCAUCUGCACAGCAGAAACCAAUUGGCAACGAUACCGCGCGAUCCAACGCACCGCAGAGCCGCCAUCACCACGCGCACCGAUAAAAUUUCGGACGAGCAGGCCUGUAAUCCAGCCGAAUCCCUGCUUACGAAAAAAAUAUAUCAACAGAGACGCAGAUAGAGUAGACGCCAGAAAGUCGGAACGCAGGACAGAUGCAAAAAAAAAUGUCAUACAAGUGUACAAAUGCCAUAUCUCCAUCGCCGUCGCCAAAA